CAGAUCCCAUGGCUUAUAGCUUCCUCCCCCAAGAUUCCUUCGAUGACGACUUCAAGAAUUUCCCCAUUUUCGAGGACGUCAUCGGCGCAAUCUGGCUGCCGAGCUUGCACGACGGCGCCGGCGACUUCAAGAGGCAGAAGAAAACCACGAGCUUGACCGAACUCAGCGACGGCGGCGGCGGCGGCGGCUCCGUUUCCAUCCCGCGCAACGGCAGCGCCGCCAGCUUGACCAGCAGCGGCCCGCAAAUCCGGGACCGCAUCAAGACGUACAGCCAGCUGUACCUGGAGGCGGAGGCGCUGGCGGCGGAGGACGGCGGCCGCGGCGGCGAGGGAGCCGAGGGCGGCAAUGCCGACGGGACGAAGCUCGUCCAGCAGCUCAUCUCCUGCGCCGAGGCCGUCGCGUGCCGCGACCGGGCCCACGCGUCGCUCCUCCUCUCGGAGCUCCGCGCCAACGCGCUGGUGUUCGGCUCGGCCUUCCAGCGCGUGGCGUCGUGCUUCGUGCAGGGGCUGGCCGACCGCCUCGCGAUGGUCCAGCCCCUGGGCGCGGUCGGGUACGCCGCGCCCACGAUGAACAUCAUGGACGCGGCGUCCGAGAAGAGGGAGGAGGCGCUCCGCCUCGUGUACGACAUGUGCCCGUACAUCCGGUUCGGCCACUUCGUGGCCAACGCCGCGAUAUUGGAAGCCUUUGAGGGAGAGAGAUUAGUCCACGUGGUGGACCUGGGGAUGACCCUGGGUCUUCCCCAGGGCCACCAGUGGCAAAACCUAAUUCACAGCCUGGCCAAGCGGCCGGGCCCGCCCCCGCGCCUCCGCGUGACCGCGGUGGGCCUCUGCCGCGACAGGUUCCGCGAGAUCGGGGGCGAGCUGGAGGCGUGCGCGGCCGCGGCCGGGGUCAAGUUCGGGUUCUCCGUGGUGCACAGCAACCUGGAGAGCCUGACCCCGGCCGACGUGAAGGUGGAGAGGGGGGAGGUGGUGGUGGUGAACACCAUCCUUCAGCUGCACUGCGUGGUGAAGGAGAGCCGCGGCGCGCUCAACGCGGUGCUGCAGAUCGUGCACGAGCUGUCGCCGAAGGUGAUGGUGGUGGUGGAGCAGGACUCCAGCCACAACGGGCCCUUCUUCCUGGGGAGGUUCAUGGAGGCGCUGCACUACUACGCGGCGAUAUUCGACUCGCUCGACGCGGUGCUGCCCAAGUAUGACACGAGGCGGGCUAAAAUGGAGCAGUUCUACUUCGCGGAGGAGAUCAAGAACAUCGUCAGCUGCGAGGGGCCCGCCCGGGUGGAGCGGCACGAGAGGGUGGACCAGUGGCGGAGGAGGAUGAGCCGCGCCGGCUUCCAGCCGGUGCCGCUCAAGAUGGCGGCGCAGGCCAAGCAGUGGCUCGGCAGCAUCAACGCCGGCGAGGGCUACACCACCGUGGAGGAGAAAGGGUGCCUUGUCUUGGGCUGGAAAUCUAAGCCUAUCAUCGCUGCUUCCUGCUGGAAAUGCUGAAAAUGGGCAUUUCUCCAUGGACUGAAUAAGAGUUUAAAAUUCUUUAAGGCCGUCAAAUUAACGGUUUGCAAAAAUAAGCCGAACUAGGCCAAUUAUUUUAAAUUUCGUUAUUCUUGGGUUAUAUUUGCACCAAAUUCGACGUCUAUAUAUACACCACAUUUGGGGCCAAAUAUGAGUCCAAAUGUGGUUCAAAAUAGUUCGAUUAAGCCAAAUAUGACCCACAAAUACUGAAAUUUAAAAUAAUUAUUCUACUUUCUUACAAAUUCUCCUAAAAUAAUGGCCUAAAGAAUUUUUAAACUCAACUGAAUAAUGCAACUCAUUAUCAUCUGCUGCACUGUCUUUCUAGCAUGUAUAAGACUAGUGAAAAAAUAAGGCGAAUUUUCCUUUUUUAUAUGUUGGUUUGGUGUGCAUAAAAUAACUGAUCCACGUUGGUGGUGGAUUUUAACAUUUCUUUGAUUCUUUCUUACUGUGACAGUGACACUUAA